UCUCAUCCUCACUCACCUUCGCUCUCCGCUCUCCACCUGCUUCCCAUCCACGCCAUGUUCUGCAAAGCCACACUUCUCACCGUCGCUCUCGCCCUUCUGGCCUCUGCGAACCCAGUUGCCCGUGAGCCUGCCCCCGCGGCAGGGCUCCGGAUUCCCCUUCACAGGCCCCGCUCUCUGAAGGACUCCGACGGCGUGUUUGAUCACGCGAGGGCGGUCCAAGAGAUCGUGAAGACGAAGAACAAGCAUCGCCGAAAUCUGAUUGCCCUUGAGCAGAACAUUGGUCGACAGGCGUUCCCAGAAGGCGCGGAGAUUAAGCCCCUUGCGACAGUCCCCGCAAACUUCCAAAAGCGUGGUGCGGUGACGUUGAAGGACCAGAACGAGGACAUCGAGUGGACCGGCACGGUGGGGAUUGGGAGCCCUGCGCAGAGCUUCGUGAUCGACUUCGACACGGGCUCGUCUGACCUCUGGGUCCCGUCUUCCUCGUGCAAGGGUUGCAGUGGGAAGACCUUGUACAACCCGUCGAAGUCCAAGAAGAGCAGCAAGAAGACCGGCACGUUCUCCAUCAGCUACGGCGACGGGUCUACCGCCUCUGGGACUCCCUACACUGACACCGUGACCGUCGGCGGCGUCAAGGUCACUAACCAGUAUUUCGCUGCCGUAACUCAGGAGUCCUCUCAGUUCGCUCAAGAUCCUGCGGAUGGCCUCAUGGGGCUCGCGUUCCCCGCACUCUCCAACCUAAACCACGACCCCUUCUUCUUCACCGCAGUCAAGCAGGGUGCGGUCAAGGACGGCGAGUUCUCGUUCAAGCUCGCCUCGUCCGGCUCGGAGCUCUUUGUCGGCGGCAGGAACUCGAAGCUCUUCUCCGGCGCGGUCGAGUUCCACAACGUCUCGAACACGAACAUGGGUUUCUGGCAGAUUGGCAACGCGUCCGUCUCCGUCGGCGGCAAGAACGCGGUCUCUGACUUCGACACCAUCAUCGACUCCGGGAGCACGAUCAUGACCGCGCCGACGGAUGCGGCGAGCGCGUUCUGGAAGACGGUUACGGGCGCGAAGGUGUUCGACGAGGACCAGGGCCUGUACUCGUUCCCGUGCGCGUCGGCGCCCGAGGUCGCGUUCAGCUGGGGCGGGAAGAGCUGGGCGAUCAGCGCGGAUGACUUCAACCUGGGCAUGACCGAGCAAGGUUCUGAGGAUUGCGUCGGCGCGCUCGCCGGAGGAGACCUUGGUCUUGGCAAGUCGACCUGGCUGCUCGGAGACACCCUCAUGAAGAAUGUGUACACGGUGUUCUCGACCAACCAGACUGCGGUCGGCUUUGCGAAGCUGGCCUAAGCUUGAAACUCACACCCGGGCCACAAUCUCAGGGUUCGCUCAAAUUUCAAGCAGUCGUAUUUCUUGUAGCGCUAUGGAUUUUCGUAUGUUCUGUAACACUUGCCCUUGUUGUAC